CCCAAUUUCCUCCCUCCCCCGCGGGUGUCCCCUCCCCGUAGGCGGGCGGAGGGUGACGCUGCCGAGACGGAGGCCGCGGAUCAGUCUCUGCCGCUGCCUCGCUGGGCCGACUGGGAAGCAGGAGUCCGCCGCCGCCGCCGCCGCCGCCGCCAGCGAGGGAGAGGGGAGCUGCGGGGGAGCGCGAGGGUUCGGGCCCCGCGGAGGCAGCUGCCUCGGCCUCUCCGGUCGCUGCCUCGGCCGCCGCCGCCGCCUCCUCCUCUCCCCUGUCCCCGCCAACAUGGCCGCGGCGGCGUCCUCCUGAGGCGACUCCGCCUGGCGCCCGCCGGGGCCUCCUCCUCCUCCUCCUCCUCUUGCGCCCACCUCCUUCGCCGCCGCCGCCGCCGCCGAGCCGCUGCUGCUUCCCCGCGGAGGGCGCGGGUCAUGGGCUGCUGCGCCGGCGGAGGAGGAGGAGCAGCAGCAGCAGCAGCAGCAGCAGCAGCAGCACCCGCCGACGGAGCCGGGCAGGCCGCGAGGAGCAGCAGCCGCAGGGCGACCGCCGCCGCCGCCUGGCCGAUGGCUCCUUCACGCCGCUAGCCCGGAAGGCGAGAGCGCGGAGAAGAGCCGAGGCUCCGUUGCAGCUGAAGCAGUAAUAGCAGAGGCGGUGGUUACCCGGCAGCAGGAGGAGAGGCCGCAGCAAGGAGGAGAGGAGAGACCAAAGGAAGGGUUGAGAUCACCAUGGCCCACUCCCCCGUCGCCAUGCAGGUGCCUGGUAUGCAGAAUCAUAGAGCUGACCCUGAGGAACUCUUCACAAAACUGGAACGUAUUGGAAAAGGCUCAUUUGGAGAAGUCUUCAAAGGAAUUGAUAAUCGGACACAACAAGUGGUUGCUAUAAAAAUCAUAGACCUGGAGGAGGCAGAAGAUGAAAUAGAAGACAUCCAGCAAGAGAUAACUGUGCUAAGCCAGUGUGACAGCCCGUACGUCACAAAGUACUAUGGCUCCUAUCUAAAGGGCACAAAGUUAUGGAUAAUCAUGGAAUACCUAGGUGGGGGAUCAGCACUGGAUCUGCUCCGUGCUGGCCCAUUCGAUGAGUUCCAGAUUGCUACAAUGCUCAAGGAAAUACUGAAAGGGCUUGACUAUCUACAUUCAGAGAAGAAAAUUCACAGAGAUAUAAAGGCUGCCAACGUGUUAUUGUCAGAGCAAGGAGAUGUGAAGCUUGCGGAUUUUGGAGUUGCAGGGCAACUGACUGAUACACAGAUUAAAAGGAACACCUUUGUAGGCACGCCAUUUUGGAUGGCACCAGAAGUGAUUCAACAAUCAGCCUAUGAUUCAAAAGCUGACAUUUGGUCAUUGGGAAUCACAGCUAUUGAACUGGCCAAAGGAGAGCCUCCGAACUCAGACAUGCAUCCAAUGAGAGUUCUCUUUCUCAUUCCCAAAAACAACCCUCCAACCCUAAUAGGGGACUUCAGCAAACCCUUUAAAGAGUUUAUUGAUGCAUGUCUGAAUAAGGACCCGACAUUUCGUCCCACAGCAAAAGAACUUCUAAAGCACAAAUUCAUUCUGAAAAAUGCCAAGAAGACUUCAUAUCUGACGGAGCUUAUUGAUAGAUUUAAGAGGUGGAAAGCAGAAGGACAUAGUAGCGAUGAAACAGAUUCUGAUGGUUCUGAUUCGGAGUCUAGCAACAAGGAGAACAAUUCCCACCCAGAAUGGAGUUUUACUACAGUUCGGAAGAAGCCAGAGGCCAAGAAACUGCAGAACGGAACAGACCAAGAUCUCAUGAAAACCCUGAGCUGUUUAACGAUGAUAAUCACUCCUGUCUUUGCUGAGCUUAAGCAGCAAGACACCAAUAAUGCAAGCAGGAAGAAAGCAAUUGAAGAACUUGAAAAAAGCAUCAAUAUGGCAGAAGCAACAUGUCCAGGAAUCACUGAUAAGAUGGUGAAGAAACUUAUGGAGAAGUUUCAGAAGUUUUCAGUUAAUGACUCCUCCUAAGAAACUUUCUAUCAAUGAUGCUGUUCCAUAUGGACCCAGUAAUAGCCCACCAAAACCUACUAUAAGCUUGGCAAUGCUUUGUUCAUGAGCUCCUUGUGCCUUUUGGAUCAUUGCAACAUAUAUGAUGAUCGCAGAUUUGAAAGGACUUAAUUCCACUAUUUUGUGAUGGGUAUACAUGCUUUUUUGUAUUUCCAGGACAUUCUUUUUUGUAAAGAGCAACUUUUAAUAUUGUAGUUUUCACUUAUUUAAUCCAGUUUAAAACAAAAAACAAAAACGGUGAGGUGCAGCUUUGCUUCUAGAUAUAACCAGUGGAAUGCCAAUCUCCACGCGCAGGAUCUGGGUUGACCAGAGAUCAAUGGAAUGCACUUGAGUUCAUAGGAAGUGCACAUGCUGUGUUUCAACAACAUUUCGUUACUCUCCAGAGACGAGUCUUGUUUCUUUUUAUGUCCACAUAAGAUACAGUUCUUAUGAGUCACUAAAACUAGACUUCAAAACAGCUUUUUACAGGAAAAUAUACGAGAGCACCUUAACCUAUAGGAUGUGGCUGUAGCACUUGCUCAAACACCAUAGUAGUCUUUAUUUAGGCCCCUGUAAAUGUAAUACCUGCAACAACAUAGGAGCUAACUCCUAGGGGCCGAGGUCCCUUUGGCGCCCCUGAUAAAAUAUUUGAGCAGGCAAAGUUGGUUGGCAAUGCCAUUCAUAUGGAGGGGUGUCACCAUGUCAUGUGACCAAUGAUGGGGGGCACAGGGGCACAGCUUUCCUGGAGUGCCCUCCCCCCAAUAUUUUAUCCAAGUUGGCAUCACCAAGCAACACUAUUCUUUUGAAAAAUGGGUACAGUGUUUUAGGCAGCUCUAUAAUCACCUACAUUUUGAGAGCAAUAUGUCAUUAGCUUUGCAAGUUAACAUGUAGUGACUGAUAUAGCUUAGUAUACAGUUUGUAUGUAUUACCCUUUAGGGCAGGAUUUCAAAUAGUCAAUUCAUCAUGGUAAGGAAAAUUUUAAAGCAAUACAGAUGAAGGGCAGGGGGCUUUCUGCAAUAAUGGACACACAUAGAAAUCUGGCUUAAUUUAAUCAUUUCUUCAUUCUUUAGUAAGAUUCGGGAGGGGGAAGUAGCUCAUUCUUUGUUUUGGCCAGGGGACCUAUGGGAAUACCGUGGCAUGCGAUGAAAUACCUCACCAGAAGGUAUAAGUGUGUGACACCAGCGUUUUGUGUGGUGGUGUUCUAUCCUGUAAGAUAUUUAUACACUUACGUUCUUAUAGACAUUUACAUGCAGUGCAUUACCAUGUUUAAUUCCUCUUCCCCACCCCUAUGUAUUUUAAAUACGUAUUUACCAGUUAAUAUGCAAAUAACUGAGUUAUAGAUAUUCUUUCACAAAAAGAUAGUACUGUGCAGUACAGAGUGAUUUUUUUUUCAUAAAAGGUAGCUAAAAUUAUAAACUUGCUUUCAAUUAUAUAUUUAUGGUACUGUUUAGAUUGGGUAAUCUCUCCCCCCCCCCCUUUCAACCCAGUUUGUAUAUUAUGCUGAAGUUUGAAGUGGGGUUGUAUUUCAGUCCUUAGCUGUGGAACUGUUGGUGUAAAUUUAUUUUUGAUAAAAAGUCUGGAUGUGUUUAA